CUGCUCCCUCUGUGUCCCCUGUGGCUUCCACAGCUCCUGUGACUGAGCCACCAUCCACUCAGUCCUCUGCCUUCGCAGCAGUCACUCCAGGAGACCUAAUACCACCUCCUCUGCCUGAGCCUUCCCCACCUCCCCCCUCCGUUCUCUCCCCUAACCCAAUGACCCCCUUGGGUAAUUUUCUGUCACCCUCACAGCCAGGUCAAACUCUGCCUUCAGAGCCUUCUCCUCCUUCGGAAUCCAAAUUCCCAGUGAGCCAUUCCCCACCCCAACCCAAAGACUUGUUGUCUUCAACCUUGACACAAUGUGAUUUCCAUCAAGAGUUGCCUGCCCUCCAUUCUACAAAGACCUCUUUUGGAGGAGACCCUGCAGCCAAACUUAUAGAUCCUCGACACCUCUUAUUUCUCAGCCCUGAUGAGCAUGACUCAGUACAGCAGUACUCAAAUCCUAAGAUCUUGGAGGACCUUUUAAAGCAAAAACUUAUCCAGCUUUUCUGGGGUCUUCCAUCUCUGCACAGCGAGUCCUUGCCCUCUGCUGUCCAUGUCUCAAGUGACUAUUCCUCAAUCUUUAUUUUCAAUAGCAUGUCAAAUGCGUUCACAGACCAAGAAUCCCGAAUACUUCCUUAUCAUCUGUCUCCAUCUUUGUCUGAGGUCUACCCUCAACCCUUGCCUCAAACCCUGCCCCAAUCCCAGCCCCUACCUCUCAAUGGGAUCCAACCCCAGGCCCACCUUCAAUCCCCACACCCAAUCCUUCCAUCCAGUCCCAUUGCCCAGAUUAGGGCCUGUGGAGUAUAUUUCCAUAGACCUAAGAGUGAAACAGAACGUCUUACCUCAUCUGAAAUACAACACCUGGAAUGUAAUGUGUUGCAGAAGAAACAAGAACGUUUGUGGGGUUUACCCUCUGUGGUUCAAAGUUCUAAGAAAGACUCCUGUCCAUCAGUUCCCACCUCUCCUUACCGUCGGCCCUCUAAGGCCCAUCUUGCAAUCUCCAUCAGUCCUGUAGGGUUUCCUCUCAGCAGUGAACUUCGAGAGAAAUUUGAGCAUUACCUUAGAAAGAGGCUCAUCCAACACCGGUGGGGCCUGCCCCGCAGGGUCCGUGAGAGUCUGUCACUGAUGAAGCCUCUGAGAGAAUUUUCAGACAUACCUGAGUCAAAGAGCAGUUGUGGCUUCUCAUGGAUCUCUGUGGAUAAGGGCCAGAGUAGCAAAAAUCCAAAUGUUGGACUGAGCCAACCAGGAAGCUUCUACGAGAGGGGCUCAGAAAUGUUUCAGCUAGACCAGGAUGAGGGGAAGGGUGCGGGACACAGCCAAGAGAAUGAUCCAAAAGUUCAUCUGUCGAGUGACUCAGAGAGAUCUUCAGAUAAGGAUGUGGGAAAUGACUCUGACAUGAUGAGUCUGUCAGGAGAAAACUCAAUAGUGUCAGGGCAGCCUGGAAGUCAGAGACAACUGGAAAAAGGCCUGAAAGCACAUCUGAGCAAGAAGUUUGAGGAAAUCAAUGAAGAUCAACUAUCUAGAACUGUACAUAGUUCACAGCACACUACCAAGCAGACACUUCCUGUAAAAUCCAACACCGAAAUAAAACAGAGAAGCUUGCCACCAUCAGUGGGUGGGGACAACUGUCUGGACACAUCCCAGGAGCUUUCUUUCCUUAAGUCUGGUACACAGCAGAUGCUGGAAGCCCACAUUACCAAGUUUCGUGUAAGGAUGUUGAGGGGUCUUCCCACCAAAGUCCUUGAAUCCAUAGAAGUCCUCAAAUUGAAACAUGCUUCAUCCCAUUCCUUGAUGGAUCCCAACUCUUCCUCCUCAACCAAACUGACUUCUGAGGUGAAUGCCAAAUCUGGGGGCUUCAUGACCCUGAGAGGAAGCUCUAAAUCCCUUCAUAGGGAUGAGGUGGGAACAGAAAAUUCAGCCACCGUCCUGGAUCUUCCUCUACCUGCCACCUCACUUGUGGGCAAGGAAGGACAGGGGACCCUGAGACAAUCACCUGCUGAUAUCAAACACGGACUUUCAGAGGCAAUUAGGAAAAUUUGGAAUUCCAAACCGACUCUUCUGCCUGUCACAAACAGCAUCAGUGGCAAAACAAAUCAGAGACAUUCUCUAAUAGCCAACAUUCAACCCCCAAAGCUGUCUGCAAGGCAAGCAGGGACUGGACAUGAGCCAGAAACUAAGAGGGUGAAUGCUAGCGACAGAGCAGAAAUACAACAGGGCACAAAUAGAGAGAAAUCAGAACCUGCUUCCAUGUCCAAAGUGUCCAGGGCAAUAGUCAGGGCUGAGGAGCUCGAUGCUCUUCAACCCAAAACUGGUGACGUUUUGACAACCAGCAAGCUGGGAAUCUCCCAAAGAAUAAAUGUGAAUGAGAGUGAUGGAGACACUGCUGUGACCGCUGAAAAACCAUCAAAAAUAUCAGCUCCCCAAGAUCUUAACUUUUCGAAUCUUAAAAAGCAAGUAAUUGCUGAGUUAAAGCUGAAGUUGGAGGAGAGGAAGCACAGACAGGCCCAAGGCCAACCCGCUGACAUGUCCCAUGACUCAGACA